UCAUUUUCACCUUUCAAGAUUCUGCAGUAGCUCCAGUCCACACUUCAUCUCUCUCUCAUCAAUCGGAGCAUGAAGCGAAGAAUGCCGGUGAGCUGAUCUACUCUCCUCUCGCUGCAUGAGGCGAUAGCCAUCCGCAUUGAUAUUCACAACUUUGCAUCGAUUGCCCUACUCCAAGCAGCAGAUCUGUGUCGCCCGCAGUUUGCGAUAGGGAGAAAUGAUGAAUCAGCCGGCGUUUAUGCUGUCUAGAAACGGUAGUUUCAGAGCUGAAAACCUAGGCGCGAAUGCGAUAGCCAUGAUUAAAAAUCUGUGUUUCACUCUAUUUGUUGUCGGUGUUCUCGUUUUCACUAUAAUCGCCGCGACCUACCAGCCUGAGGAUCCCCUGUUUCACCCUUCCUCGAAGAUGACGACAUUCCUCACAUCGAACUCGAACGCCACUUUCAAAUCUGACAUCGCCGUUGUUAAGACGGGAGAGGACUUCGUCGCGUCGAAUCAGACGGCGUUUGAGACGUUUAUCAACAUAACUGAUGUUGAUAAUGCGGUCCAGGCCACCGCCACGCCUGAGGAGGCCGAGGCGGUCUCCGAGACCGGUGAAUGCAGGGCCGAUGAGCCGGUUAAUUGUCGCGAUCCUGAUGUUUUCCAUCUCUUGAUGAGGUUUACCAUUGAGAGGUUUCAAGACAUUCACUUCUAUCGAUUUGGAAAGCCGGUGGCUGGGAACAAUGGUAGUUCUUGCCACAUGGCGUGGCGGUUUAGGCCCAAGGAAGGGAAGGCGGCUGCAUUUUACAAGGAUUAUCGGAGUUUUGCGCUUGUUAGGGCUGAGAAUUGCACGCUUACUGUGGCUGGUAUUGGGGAUUAUCACUCAGGUGGGAAUGCUAGGAAGAAGAGAGGGAGAGGGAGAGGGAGAGGGAAGGGGAAGAAUAAGGAGAAAGAUAAUGAGGUGUUUGAGAAGGUUGCAGCUAAGGUAGAUGAGAAUCCGGUUGCCUUGCCGGAUGUUGGGGAGACUGUUGAUGAUUCUCUUCCUACGGUUGAGUCGGAGGGUUCGUUUGGGCAAAGUAAGUACUUGAUAUACUCGGGUGGAGGGGAUAGGUGCAAGAGCAUGAAUCAGUAUCUUUGGAGUUUCAUGUGUAUGUUGGGUGAGGCACAGUACUUGAACCGGACGCUGGUUCUGGAUCUGAGCAUAUGUUUGUCAAAGAUGUACACUUCGUCUGGUCAGGACGAGGAAGGGAAAGAUUUCAGAUUUUACUUUGACUUUGAGCACUUGAUGGAUUCGGCCCCAGUGUUGGACCAGACACAGUUUUGGUCAGAUUGGGGCAAAUGGCAAAAGAAGGAUGGGUUGAGUCUCCAUCUCGUGGAGGAUUUCAGGGUUCCGCCUACGAAGUUAGCCAAUGUCAAGGACACCGUGAUCAUGAGGAAGUUCGGGGCUGUGGAGCCUGAUAACUAUUGGUACCGGGUUUGUGAAGGCGAAGCAGAAUCUGUCAUUCAACGCCCGUGGCAUAUGAUUUGGAAGUCCAGAAGGUUGCUGGACAUCGCCUCUGCUAUUUCAGCCAGACUGAACUGGGAUUUCGAUGCUGUUCAUGUCGAGAGAGGGGAGAAGGCAGCCAACAAGGAACAGUGGCCGAAUCUUGAAAGAGACACUUCUCCAGAAGCGCUUUUGUCAGCUUUAAAUUACAAGAUUGAAGAUGGAAGGAACCUUUAUGUUGCGACAAAUGAGAAGGAUACGUCCUUCUUUGAUCCUUUGAAGGACAAAUACUCCACACACUUCCUCGACGAGUACAGCGACCUGUGGAAUACUGAGAGUGAUUGGUAUGCUGAGAUGACGAAGCUCAACAAUGGAAAUCCAGUGGAGUUUGAUGGUUACAUGAGGAUAUCUGUCGACACUGAAGUGUUCUUGAGGGGGAAGAAGCAGAUUGAGACAUUUAACGAUCUCACCAAGGACUGCAAGGACGGGAUCAAUACAUGCACGACGUCUGCUAGUUAAAAUUGCACACAGAAAAGGUUUCUUCUAUGGCAGAAGAAUCAAGACAAAUGCGAAGGAAGGAGAAACCGACGAUGGCUAUGCCGAAUCAGAGCAUAAACGCCAUGAAAGCCAUGGCCCGAGCAUCAUCGGUUCCGACAACGCCCGCCCUGGAGAAGGCGAAAAGCCUCAGAAGCAACUGUCUCUGCUCGCCAACGACACACGCGGGCUCCUUCCGGUGCCGGAAUCAUCGGAAUGCGAACCUCCCUCGCAGCAGCAUUUCCAUUGGCACCAAGCUCUCGGAGCUCGGUGGCAGCAUGCCCGUUGGCCCAAAACUCCCGGAGCUAGGGGCCCAGGGCUCCUAAUCAUCCAAGCUCAUUAAUAGAAUCUUGUUUAGCUUGUGCAGUGUAUUCCUUUUAACUUGUAGAGACCAUGUGCAUAUUGUUUUCGUGCUCGUUGCUCGCACGUUUAAACGUGCAACGAGCAAUGAGCAUCACCUCCGUCUAGGUUUACCGACCCUUUUAUAAUCGAAAAUGAUGAAUUUAUCAGA